AUGUCUGCCCGAAGAAGCCCUGACGCUCCUGAAGUUACUUCUCCAUGCCUCCCAUCGUCCUCUUCUGUGGAUAGCAGCGGCAGCACGGGGCCCGACUUGGACCCUGGCACCCUUCUCCCGGUGGUUCCGCCCCCCUUGCUGACCCGACGUCUCCUGCGCUUGCGGACCUACAGCAGCCCUCCAUCUACGCGCCGUAAGCGAGAGAUGAUCCCAACCGACAAGAAGGACGCCACGUACUGGGACAAACGCCAAAGAAACAACGAGGCGGCAAAGCGGUCCAGGGAGAAGAGGAGGCUGCAAGACCUGAUGCUGGAGGGUCAGGCGCUCGCUCUGAGGGAUGAGAACGCACAGCUGCGCGCUCAGCUGCUCAGUCUGCAGUACCACUGCAACCUGGAGAAAAGUGACCCCCGUGCUGCCUGCGCAACACCAGACUAUGCUUGGCUCUUUCCACCCAGACCUCCCUAUCCCCCUACCCUCUUCCAGGGACUGUGGAGCAACAGGAACAACCAAGUUUCUGCGCUGGGUAUGGGGCAACAAGAAGCAGCGAUGCAUCCAUUUAAGGCAAAGACCCCCUGUUUCACCUCCAGUCUAGAAAUUUCUCCCGGCGCACAGCAAGGCAUCUCCUCCUAUUCUGGGCAGCGUUUCAUUUCUCCUGGAGCAGUUUCAGGGGUUAGGAGGUCAGCGGAGGCCGAGAUGGAUCCUCAGCGCCAGGUCUCUUCUAGCGAUGACAUCCUCAGCUCCAGUGAAGCCCCCAUCCCCUCCUCCUUCGCCCGAGGAUUCCCUAACACAGUCCCCCAGCUCUCCACUUUGCCUCAGAAAUGGCUGCUCCCCACUGUCAGUCACCCCUCAGUGUGUAAUGACACUCUGCUGCCUUGGCGGGCUUCCUACCUGUCCGCACCUGCUGUGUACCCGGGCCUGCCUCCCCUCUACGUCCAGGACAGAGCAGGACAGGGACUCAGUGUAGAGACAGGCUUUCAGAGGGGGAUCAGGAGCCUGCUCAGCAGUGCGCCGGCAGGUGUGAAGCAGCCCGGGAUGCACCUCAACCCUUACGGACCGUAA